AACGAGCAGGAGAGGAAUCAGGUAGAAAUGACAAUUCACACUGUUGCUGAGCUGCAAACCAGGGAAGCAGCUGGAAAGACCAAGAACCAAGCUAUGUCUUCGUGGCAACUCACCGUGAUGAUGCUUGUGAUCCUCUCCUUUAUUUUCCUUGUAACAUCCAUAGUCUUGGGAAGCUUAGGAACUUACCGCAGUCUACACACGGGAAGUUGUUACCAAUAUGGAGAGAAAUACUACCGUGUUUUUCAGCAACUUAAAACCUGGAAUGACAGCAGAGACUUCUGCAUUGCUAGAAAUUCUACUCUUCUGCAUGUAGAAAAUAUGGAAGAAUUGGAGUUCAUUCAGACUAAGCUGCAAGAAUUUUCCUGGAUCGGAUUAACUCGCCAAAGACCCACCAGCCCCUGGAUGUGGGUGAACGGCUCUGCUCUGUCUUCUGCCCUGAACAUACUGGAACCAAAUCAGAAACUCGAGAACUCCUGUGGAAUUUUGUCAAAUGAUUCUUUGCAAGCAAAAGCCUGCCAAGAUAUCAGUCACUUUGUUUGUGAAAAGAAGUCUUGUGCUUUUGCACUAGAGUAAAAAUGCCAUCAGAAAUCUUAAGGACUUCAACCACGUGGAAAGCUUCAAAAUCAACCACGUCUUCAAAUCUUCCCUGAUUGCUGUGUAUGGCAUAUGGUGUAAUAUUUAAAGUUAUUUUUCCAUGAUCUGAGCACUUUGAUCUAACCAAUGGUGUGCUAGUUGGAGGCAGGGAGGUUGGAGGAGUGAAGCUUCAGAGAACAGGGAAGAUGAAGAGUGGUAGUUAAUACUCACUAUUGCUUUCAUUACCAUCAGUGAAUGAUUCUGAGGUCCCCCUGUGUAUCAUACACCAUUAAGAAAAAAAAAUCAUGGAAUGAAAGAUUUUUUUGCCUGUUUUUAAAUGCAUAUUAUAUAACAUAUAACACACAUAACACAUAACAUAUCUGAGGAGUAAAAUUGUAUUUUCCUUUUUUUAGAUGCCUGAUUUGGUGAAUGCUAAAUUCUUAUUUGUGAAAUUCAUGUUGAUUGACAAUAAAAUUAACUCGGAAAUGAAA